CCCGAUGCGUCGCGCGGCAUGCCCUACUACGAACGCCUGCGACGCGACCUGCGAGAGUCCCUCCAGAAGAAGCGCGCCAUAGACCACAAUCUGGAGCAACUCGAAGCCACGAUCCUCCGCGUCGAAACCCAGUACCUCGAAGAGACGAGCGCCGGAAACAUCAUCAAGGGCUUCGACAACUACAUCAAGGGCGCGGCCGCCGUAACCACCGCCAGCUCGACGGGCACGGCGACUCGACGGAAGGCCCAGAUCAGCGAGGCGGACCGCAUAUUCAGCCGGAGCUCCAGCGCCUUCGUGAGGGUAUGUGGCAGCUCUGUUCCUACGUUCUGCUGGUUAGAAUCCUCAACUCCCGGCUCCGCGCAGACGACGCCCUCUCACGGGCAGACACCGACGUCCUCGUUCCCGACACGCGAGUCGAGCCAGCCCACGUCCAACGGCGCGAGCAGGAACGGCGGCAGCAAGAAGAAGAAAGCGCCCGACGACGACGACCCCAAGUCUGCCAAGCGCCACAAGAUCACGUAU